GCAAGUUCAUUUUCAACGUUGUUGCUGGAAGUGUGGGAGAAAUGGGACGUGAGGGGAAUGGUUCUUUUUAGUCUCACAUUACAAAUUGUCCUCUAUAUCUUAGGUAGCCGGAGGAAAUACACGAUUAAACCUUUCUUCAAAAUCAUUCUAUGGUUUGCCUACUUAGGUGCUGACUGGAUUGCCAUUGCUACUUUGGGCAAGCUUUCAAUUUCCAAUACUGAAACUCCCACCACCAAUGUUUUAAGAGCAUAUUGGGCUCCUUUACUCUUGCUACAUCUUGGUGGUCCUGACACCAUCACAGCUUAUGCUUUUGAAGAUAACAAGCUUUGGAUUAGGCACCUCCUCAUCCUUAUUGUCAAAGCCAUUUUUGUUGUUUAUGUCGUUUGUUUGUCGUGGACCUUUUCCUGGCUUUCGUUUUUGAGUUUCCCUCUCAUCUUAGCUGGAAUUAUUAAUUUCGUGAGCUCCUUCUUGGUUCUACUACUCUUCUUCAUCAGCAUCAUUAAUGAGCCCAAAUUCCAAUUCUCAAGAGUUGAUCUUGCCAUAACGGGCAUCUUAUUGACUGGAGCUAUUGCACUGGAACUUUAUGCAGCAUGGUUAAUGCUUUCUUCUGAUUGGGCAAUUCUUGUUGCUGCAUUUCAUCACAAUAUGUUGGUACGCAAAAUGUUUUGGGCCGCUUCAAAGAGCUUCCGUUGGUUAUUGCAUCGAAGGAAAAGGUGGUCAAAUCACAUUGGCCAAUUUGAUCUGUUGAAAUACUGUUGGCUUUACAAGAAAAAGCAGGUGAACCAAUCAUACACACGUGGCAUUCUACGAAAGAUCACCAAUGGCAAUGAUUUUAUAGAAAUGUUGCACAAGUGCAUGUUCACUAAGUUUGUUCCAGUUCCAAGUUAUUUAGAGGACAUAGGGAAUUUCAUGAAACCUAUUACAUCGUUCUUAGUGAGCGAAUCCUUCUGGCCUUCAAGGGGAAAAAUAGCACUAAAAGACAACGAGCAAUAUGAUAAUCUACGUUGGAGCAUUGAAUUGGACUUUGAUUAUAGCAUCAUAAUAUGGCACCUUGCCACAAGUGUCUGCUACUUACAAGAGGAUCAUGAUGAUGAUCAAGCCAGUGUUUGCUCCCGGGAAGAGGAUCAUGAUAAAAAUGAAGCCAUGGAAACCAGUAAACUUGUAUCAGAUUACAUGAUGUACCUGCUGGCCAUGUGUCCUGCCAUGAUAUUGCCCGACCACAGCAAGAAUUUUUGGCUUGAUCAUGCUUAUGACGAACUUAAAGAACUUUUGUUUUCUGCAACUGAUGAUAUAACAAAUGCUGCUUCGACAUUACUUUCUAAUCGAGAUAAUGUUCGUGAUGAAGAGGAGCUUGAAUCUAGUGAGUCAGCAGUGGAAAACCUACAGGGAGAUGGGAUUAAAUCCAGUGAGAUGACAUUUAAGAACCUACAGAGAGAUGUGUCCAAACUAGUCACAUCGUUAAAGAAAUCAAAAAAUAAAUGGAGGAUGAUUAGGGAUGUCUGGAUAGAAAUCAUUGUCUACGCAGCGAUUUCAAGUCAACACAUUAGUCACGUUAAGCAACUAGGAGAAGGCAUUGAAUUCCUCUCGAUUGUCUGGCUUUUUGUUGGCCUUAAUUUUAUAUUCCAUACUCUUGCAACUAUUGUUUAGCGUGACCGAUAUCCAUGGGCUGGGCAAUCUUAUGUUUCAUGAUGAAUUACAACGUACAAUCUAGUCCAAGAAGUAGAAUAACGCAAUUUAUGUUACUUUUCUAGUAAAUUUGUCUUUUGUAUUUGUUGCAUACUUUGAUAUGUAUAAAUGAAAAUUGCUUCC